AUGGCCCCGGCCCUCUUAAAGGCGGCGGCGGCGGCGGGCUGGAGAGGAGGGAGCGCCGCUCGCCGCCGCCGGGCGCGGACCGCCCGCCCGAAGAUGCCCCGCGGUUUCCUGGUGAAGCGCAGCCGGCGGCCCACGCCCGUGUCCUACCGGGUGCGCGCCCCUCCGCCCACCGCUCCGCCGCCGCCUCCCCCUCCUGCCCCGCCGCCGCCGCCGCCUCCUCCUCCCGUGCCCUUCGGGACGCCCGAUGGCCCCGUGCAAGCGCUGCGCAGCCCCACGCGGCCCGUCAGCCGCGACGCGCUGCUGGAGCGCGGUUUCAGCCUGGGCUCGCCCGUCUCGGCCGAGUCGUUCCCCGCGCCCGCCGUGCCCAGCAGCAUGGACCCGCUGCUGCUCGGCCCCGCCGAGCUCAAGCUCUGGGCCGCCCGGCCGCCCCCCAACCCCAGCGGCGGCGGCGGCGGCGGCGCUCCGGCCUCCAAGCGUCCCGCCGAGCCCGGCCGGCAGAAGGCCGCGGCCGGCAAGAAGGCGAAGGCGAUCCGCAAGCUGACCUUCGAGGACGAAGUGACCACGUCCCCGGUGCUGGGGCUGCGCAUCAAGGAGGGCCCGGUGGAGGCGCCGGCGCGGCGCGGGGGCUGCGCGCGGCCGCUGGGCGAGUUCAUCUGCCAGCUCUGCAAGGAGGAGUACGGCGAUCCCUUCGCGCUGGCGCAGCACCGCUGCUCGCGCAUCGUCCGCGUGGAGUACCGCUGCCCCGAGUGCGACAAGGUGUUCUCCUGCCCCGCCAACCUCGCCUCGCACCGCCGCUGGCACAAACCGCGGCCCCCCGCCAAGAGCGGCCCCGAGGCGGCGGAGCCCCCCAAGGAGGCGGCGGCGACGGCGGCGGAGCGGGACACGCCGAGCCCCGGCGGCGCUUCGGAGGCGGGCUCCGAGGAGGGGCUGUUCGAGUGCCCGCGCUGCGCCCGCCGGUUCCGGCGGCAGGCCUACCUAAGGAAACACCUGCUGGGCCACCCCGCCGCGCCCGGCCCGGCGCCCGAACCCGCGGCGGAGCCCGCCGAGCCCCGGCCGUGCCCGGUGUGCGGGGAGAGCUUCCCCAGCAAGAGCAGCCAGGAGCGGCACCUGCGGCUGCUGCACGCCGCGCAGCUCUUCCCCUGCAAGUACUGCCCCGCCACCUUCUACAGCUCGCCCGGCCUCACGCGGCACAUCAACAAGUGCCACCCGUCCGAGAACAGGCAGGUGGUGCUGCUGCAGGUGCCGCUGCGGCCGCACUGCUGA